ACCCCGGUUCCCCAUGGUCCCAGAGCCGGGCCCCACCGCCAAUAGCACCCCGGCCUGGGGGGCGGGGCCGCCGUCCGCCCCAGGGGGUAGCGUCUGGGUGGCGGCCGCGCUGUGCGUGGUCAUCGCGCUGACGGCGGCGGCCAACUCGCUGCUGAUCGCGCUCAUCUGCACUCAGCCCGCGCUGCGCAACACGUCCAACUUCUUCCUGGUGUCGCUCUUCACGUCCGACCUGAUGGUGGGGCUGGUGGUGAUGCCGCCCGCCAUGCUGAACGCGCUGUACGGGCGCUGGGUGCUGGCGCGCGGCCUCUGCCUGCUCUGGACAGCCUUCGACGUGAUGUGCUGCAGCGCCUCCAUCCUCAACCUCUGCCUCAUCAGCCUGGACCGCUACCUGCUCAUCCUCUCGCCACUGCGCUACAAGCUGCGCAUGACGCCCCCGCGCGCCCUGGCUCUAGUCCUGGGCGCCUGGAGCCUCGCCGCGCUCGCCUCCUUCUUGCCCCUGCUGCUGGGCUGGCACGAGCUGGGACACGCGCGGCCACCCGUCCCGGGCCAGUGCCGCCUGCUGGCCAGCCUGCCCUUUGUCCUCGUGGCGUCAGGCCUCACCUUCUUCCUGCCCUCGGGUGCCAUAUGCUUCACCUACUGCAGGAUCCUGCUGGCCGCCCGCAAGCAGGCUGUGCAGGUGGCCUCCCUCACCACCGGCAUGGCCAGCCAGGCCUCGGAGACGCUGCAGGUGCCCAGGACCCCACGCCCAGGGGUGGAGUCAGCUGACAGCAGGCGCCUGGCCACCAAGCACAGCAGGAAGGCCCUGAAAGCCAGCCUGACGCUGGGCAUCCUGCUGGGCAUGUUCUUUGUGACCUGGCUGCCCUUCUUUGUGGCCAACAUAGUCCAGGCCGUGUGCGACUGCAUCUCUCCAGGCCUCUUCGAUGUCCUCACGUGGCUGGGUUACUGUAACAGCACCAUGAACCCCAUCAUCUACCCUCUCUUCAUGCGGGACUUCAAGCGGGCGCUGGGCAGGUUCCUGCCAUGUCCACGCUGUCUCCGGGAGCACCAGGCCAGCCUGGCCUCACCGUCACUGCGCACCUCUCACAGUGGCCCCCGGCCCGGCCUGAGCCUACAGCAGGUGCUGCCACUGCCCCUGCCACCUGACUCAGACUCAGACUCAGAUGCAGGCUCGGGCGGCUCCUCAGGCCUGCAGCUCACAGCCCAACUGCUGCUUCCUGGCGAAGCCACCCGGGACCCCCCGCUGCCCACCAGGGCCACUGCUGCCGUCAACUUCUUCAACAUCAACCCUGUGGAGCCCGAGCUGCGGCUGCAUCCACUUGGCACCCCCACGAACUGACCCAGGCGUGGGACUGGCCAGUGGGGAGCUGGAUUGAGCAGAACCCAGACCCCAAGGCCUGGGGUCAGCUCUUGGCUAAGACCAGGAGGCUGCAGGUCUCCUAGGAGCCUUCUGAGCUCCAGCAGGGGGUGCACAGAGCCAGACCUUACUGCCCACUCCAGGCCCCUCACAUGCAGGGAUCAGAGCUGACUCAGAUACUAUUUUCUGAAAGAUGCUCCAUUGUUGGGUGAAACGUGUGUGUGGAGGAUGGGCUGGAGGAUUCUGGAUGUUAGGGAGAAGAACCUCUUGGUUCAGGUAGGAUGAAAACAAUCAUGCCCUUUGCCCAUUCUGUCAGGCUGGAUGGGAGGGAAUGCCCCCACCUGCAGGCAUGGAUUAGUGCUCGGCUGAACCCCUUGAUACUCACAGCCUAGUCUAUGGACAAUCAGCAUUGCCAUCUCCUUUUGGGAGUUUGUGACAAAUGCACAUCUCUGCGCCUGCCCAGACCUGCUGAGUCAGAACUGCAUGUUACCAGGAUCCCAUAUGAAUUACGUGCCCAUUACACUUUGAGAUGGUCUGGCUUAAAUGAUCUUCAACCCUGAGAAUGAUUUGCUGGACAGUUUUUGGACCUGCCAGUCCCCCCACCCUGGGAUAUACGUGGCAGCAGCUGCACCUGGGAGGCAGGCAGGCAUAUAUUUGGGCCUCUGCUCUACGACCUCUGCUCUGGGGCCUGACACAGGUUACUUUGCCUUUCUGAGUCUCAGUUAUCCCAUGUGUAAGACAGAGUCACGAUGCCUACCCUUGCAGGGUUGUCUUGAGAAUUAAGACAAUGUGUGCCCAGCACCCAGUACCUGGUCAGUUAAGUGGUACGUUCUGUUGUUACUACCCCUGGCUAUCCAGGCCCCUGGUCUCUCUGACUGUGGGUCAGGAGGGGCUGUUUGUUCCCAUUGUUCUUUAUCCAUUUUCCUCCCCCUCUUCAGCCCCGGCCCAGGCUCCCACAGCCUGACUCUGGUUCCCCAACUCCCUGUUUUGUCUGCUGGGUAGGGACCCCAUCUCUCAGGGACCCUCCCAGCUCCCAAGCUGCUGCGUUACCUCUCCUGGGGGCAAAAGGGGCAGGUGGCAGUUUCUUAUGCAGCCUUACAGACUGGUUUUCCUCGAUCCUGGGGGGUACUUGGACCUAGAAGGGAACAACUGAUGGGAAUAAACCCAGCCCCUUGCCCCACCUUCCCUGGCCUUCCCUGGGGUCAGUGAGAGAAAUGGGAAUGGUAACUACUUGGGUCAGCAGAGCAGAGUCAAAGAAGACCUGUCCCUGGUGUGGGAUGGGGCCACAAGGCAGGCAGGUGAACUCUGGCACAGGGGCCUUGUUUUCUGGGGGCUGGGAGUUGGGGAACUCUUGGUCUCCACAGUUUACCUGCCAUAGGUCCCUUUUCAGCUCUGCCUCCCCAAGUUCCAUCAACAUGAACUCCCAGGGGGUCCUCCAUGUCUGGCCUGGCGCUCUCCUUGGUGCUGAUGAGACACAACUCUGGCCCUGGCCACUGGCCACAGACCAUGGUGCUUGUGGGGCUUCCCCUAUUCCCCAGACCUGCCAAAGGGCGCUCUCAAUAAAGUCUAGCUGAAGGC